ACAGAGGCUUGUCAAGGAAUUCUCGUGUCAAAAAUUUGUGAAAAACAUGUCCAAGUUCCUCUAAAAUCUAAAAGAUGGAGUGCAGAGGUGUACUGCCAUGGGCCAGCAUUUGUUUACUCGGCCUUCUUAGUUUUCGUGCAGUGCUGUCGGGUCGUGUUUGUGUCCACGAGGAGUAUAACUGUCAGGGGACGGUAUGCUGCUGUCGCUACACGAACCAGGGGCUUUUCGCCGACUGCUCCAAGCAGAACCUGACAGACGUCCCCCCUCAGUUUGAAUUCAAACGCACAGUAGAGCUAGACCUGAGCUUCAACAACAUCAGCACUCUGCCCGCCGACGCAUUCCACCAUCUGCCUGAUCUAGUCCACCUGAAGCUUUUGGGCAAUCAUCUCUCCACCCUUGAUGAGGAUGUCUUCAAAGGUCUCAAAAAUCUACUGACACUGAAUCUGCAGCUGAAUCGAUUUCAGCAUUUCCCCAGCAAAUCAUUCCGCAAUGGCCACACAGCCAACCUAAGAAAGUUACAUCUGGACAGUAACUACAUCCGAGAGGUUCCUGAUGAUGCUUUCCUGGGCCUCCCGGCCCUGCAUCACUUGAAUCUCAACAGCAACCAUUUGACUAGCAUCCCGACGAGGGCACUGCGACACCUGGGAGCCCUCCGCUUCCUCCACUUGGAAAAGAACAGCAUCCGUGUGGUGCCCGACCAUGCCUUUGUCAACAAUACCAACCUAACUGAACUGUCCCUGAACCAUAACCUUAUCGUGCAUCUCUCUGCACAUCCCUUCGCUGGCCUUGUCAAACUUGAGGGGUUGCAGUUCAUGAACAACAGCAUCGAGAGCAUAGCCCACACCACAUUCAGGAACCUACCUGCUCUACAUAAACUCGCAAUAUCUGAUGUGAGAAACUUGUCUGUGUUCCCCGAUCUCACUGGAACCACCAGCUUAAGUGAGCUGGUAAUUGAGCGAUGCUCGCUGAGAGCAAUACCAGAGAACUUCUGUGACAACAGAACUAGUUUGACAUUCUUAGAUCUCAUAAACAACCAGAUUGAGAUCUUACCCAGCUUUUCCAAGUGCUCCAGCCUCAAAAUCCUUCUUCUUGGAAGGAACAAGCUGAAAUCAAUUGAGGGUCGACCUUUCGAUGGACUCGAGAACCUCUACGAACUCUAUCUGCCAGAAAACAAGAUCACGUACAUCCCUGCCGACGCAUUUCAAAAUCUGACCAACCUGCAUAGCUUAUCUCUCAGCAAUAACAGCAUCAGCAAGAUAGAGAGCCAAGCCUUUGCUUCAUGCAAAGAACUGGUACACCUACAUUUGGAUGGGAACUCUUUCCCCGCUCUGCCAACGGACGGCCUGGAGCGCCUGUUGGUGAUCCACACCUACCACAAUGAACUAUUGGAAGAUUUCCCCCCACCUGAGGCGCUCCCCAGCAUCGUCGUGAUUGAGACGGAGUACGCCUAUCACUGCUGCGAUUACGUCGUACUUGCCGAACAGUACCAGAGCAGCAUUGAAGACUUGCCAGAAAUCAAUGAUAGCAUACUUUGGCCUGAAAAUUCCUGGCUAGGCAGCAGUGGAAACAUUGGGAUAGGAUCAGACAGCGACUGGCUGGAUAAGAGUUACUUUGCUUCUGUGUUUGUGUCAGCUGGCACGCCCACUUGGCUCAGUGGAAACUACAGUAUUGUAAAACCGCUGCACAACAUCAGCUGCAAACCAAAGCCAGGGCCAUUAUUGCCAUGUGUGGAUCUCUUUGGCUCAUGGCUCCUUCGUAUCGGCGUCUGGUUGGUCUUCCUACUGGCCAUUGUGGGCAACGCCAUUGUCAUGCUUGUCAUCCUUGUCAGCCGUACCAAGAUGGACGUGCCACGCUUUCUGAUCUGCAACUUGGCCUUUGCUGACUUCUUCCUGGGAGUGUACCUCGGCUUCCUGGCUGGGGUGGACACAUCCACGCUGGGCAUCUUCAAGAAGUGGGGCGCCCGCUGGCAGCUGAGUGCCGGCUGCCACAUAGCCGGGUUCCUGGCCGUCUUCUCCUCUGAGCUGUCCAUCUACACGCUGUCUGUCAUCACCCUGGAGCGUUUUUAUGCCAUCAAGCACGCUCUGCACCUAGAGAAGCGCAUGAAGCUGCCGCACGCUAUCACUGUCAUGCUUUUUGGCUGGAUUUUCUCAGUGACGGCAGCCGUGCUGCCACUGGUCAACGUCAGCCACUACCACAAAUUCCCGGUCUGCCUGCCAUUCGACGUCAGUACCAUUGUGGCCAAGGCCUACGUCGGCACUAUCCUGAUCCUGAACAUCCUUGCAUUUGUCAUCAUCAUGGCUUGCUACGCCAGCAUCUACAUAGCCAUACAGGGCUCGCAUGCAUGGAACUGCAACGACUCCCGCGUGGCACGUCGGAUGUCCCUCCUGGUGUUCACUGACUUUGCCUGCUGGGCCCCAAUUGCCUUCUUCAGCCUGACGGCAGCCUUUGGGCAUCAACUGAUCUCCCUUGAAGGGGCUAAGGUCCUGACCAUAUUCGUCUUGCCCUUGAACUCUUGUGCCAACCCAUUCUUGUACACCAUCCUGACCAAGCAGUUCAAAAAGGACUCCAAGGCGAUCUUGCACUCGCUCAGCAACCAGGUGUUCCGGCAGCGCAGCAUGUCUCGCUCCAUCACCCUGAGCCUUGGCCGUCACCCUUCCAUGAGAUGCACCCAGGCCCGUCAAACCUCACAGCUCCGCUGGCGGACCAAUGGCAGCAUCAGCCAGGACAUGACCGGUGACCCUUGCUCGGUGUCCUUUAAGACUGAGAACAUGGAGUCCUCCAACAUCUACACAGUGUCCAACUUCAGUAGCCCCUCCGAAGCACCCAUCAUGGAAACCAGUAAUAACACCAACGGUUUCUGCUCCCGUGACAACUCCCAUUCUGAUUCCUCCACGAUGCUGGACCCUGUCACCAGAAACCAGACCUUGGCUGACCCACGCCGGGGCUCUCGAUCCCCGCUCCUAGACCUUGCGACCCACGUGAGGGGAAAGGCACAAGAUUGCCGGCCAAAAGCCAAGACCAGACGUAAGUUUUCCAUCCCAAUCCCAUUCUUUUCCAGUCGCAGCCCGAGCAAAACCCCAGCCGGGGAGUCUGGGCAGCCCUCACCAGCAUGCUCCACUCCACUGGGCCAGCGCCACAAGCGCAGCCACUCAGUCACUGAGGGACUGUUGCACAGAAUGGGCAAGAAGAAACCCCUGACUUCAAUCAGGAGUACACCAGGGGUCCCCACCACAAUCAGCAAGAGCUCCGAGAGACUGCACCAAGGGAAUAAUGGACAAACGGCAGCAAUCCGCAUUAUCAUUCCACAGAGUGAGAAUCCUGGAGUGGAUGAAGCAUUGGCAAGGUCAGCAGAGGACAGGGACCAGCAGCAACAGAUCACAGCCAUCCAACAUACGUGGAAAUCCCCCUCAAAGGGGUUUGGGUCCUCUGACGGUCUUGACCAGACAGAAGCGCGGUGUCUGCUGGAGUUUGCAAGGUUGUCCGGUGACUGGAGUUCAAGCAAAGGCAAGGCACCAGAGGACAGUGAAGCUGAGAGGCUGCUGAGCUCCUCACAUGACAAUCCCGUCCGUGAUCAGCUGUCCUCAGCGACUCCUUCACCACUGCUCCACAGGCCACAGGAACUUGAGCUGAGAGCUGUGCCCACCCCCAGUAAAGAAAAUCCAGACUGCGAUUCUGGUCUGGGUACUGCCUCCUCUCCUUUCCCCGAAUCUACCGAGUACAUGAAGUUCCUCCCAGACUCAGCAGAGACACUCAAAUCUGGCGAGGAGGGUUUUGUUGUCAAUUCAGACUCCCUGGUGACAAAGGGUCAAGGGCUUGGAAGCCUUCUGGUUCAUCUUACAAGACCAGACCAAAACAAAUUCUACAACGAGGUACCAAGUAGCCCAAGCAAAGGGAAUGUAAUGUCCAGGCCAAGGGAAAGUGUCGUAUAGGUAUCACUUGGCAUAUUGUGAGUACAUGUAUACCAUUUUGUGAAAUGAAUUCUGCUUAUAAUAACAGCUUUUGAUGUGUCAGAUGCAUGGUUCAUCUGUCAUGAUUUAUAAGACCUUAAACGUGCAUAGUAUUACCGUCGGCAUAACAGAUAAUAAUGUAGAUUUUUCUUCGUUCCGGAUACAUCUCCACCGUGGCAAGAUCAAAGAAUUCCAUAAUUCUAACAUCGCAUAGAUAAAUAUUGGGACGCAUAUAGUACAAUAUUUAAUCAGAACUCGUGGAGAAGGUAUUACCUCAUCUGUAGUGUCACCAAAUUCCAUUGUAAGUAUCAUUCAAAACUAUUUGAUGCCACAUAAACAAAUAGAGACCGCCGAUAUUUUAUAUAUGUGUAUAUUGUCCUGAGUGAAACAGCGUAUACAGUGUAUUUGUUAAAAUAUUCAGUGUUCUAGUGAAGUUUCAUUAUUUAAACAGGGUUUACUAAAUGUAAAAUAGUAUAUCGAGAAUAGGACUUAUAUUUUUGAUUACUUGUGCCUUGUACAUUAUUAAACAUGUAUGUGCAUCUUGAGUACUUUGAGUUUUAGUUAUCACUGAUUGAAAAUUUUGUGCUGCAUAAUAUGUGUUCCACUCACAGUGUAAAUUCUAUGAAUAUUAUAUAAUAUUUCUGUAUUUUUUGUGCUUAAACAUAAUGUUGAUGUCUCUUAUAAUAUUGGCCACAUCAUUGCCAAAUGUAAAAGAAAAAAUGUCUUUAGUAAUCCGUCUGAAUUGUACACUCAGUAUUUUUAUCGAAACAACUCCAACGCAGUAAUCGUUUUAGCGCAGUUGGUAAUCAGUGUUGAUAAUUACAAAAAUGUAAAGUAUUUGAUCUUGUACCUUUCCAAAGCCUAAAAAUUGGCAUUUUGGUCACCGUUUUCGCCUGAAUGUGUGGAACGAAAAUGUUUGCUUUAUUGUGGUUAGAGAAGUUUUAAAGACUGAGCCAUGAUAAAGAGAUUUUUCAUUUCAGAAAUGUUAGAGUGUUUUAAAAGUUAAAAAGGGACCAGAAGGACUUCGGAAAUUUGGGGAGCAUGUGUCACUGUCAAGUUAAAUUGAUUCUCUCUUUUUUUAUGCGGGAAAAAUGUCCACCCCAAAUAUAAUUUUGGAUGAAACAAAAUAUGUCAACAAGGGCGGAUCCAACACCAUUUUUCAGGGGGGGGGCUUUGGGGGGCAGGCAAAAUUUGGAAUUUUUCCUAUUUUAUGGUCUUUCUAGAGGGGUGAGACUGCAUUUGGGGGUUUUACUUGCUUUUGGAGGGCGGGAAACUAAAUAGAGCAAAGAGUCACCUUUCUUUAUUAUUUUUUAGAAAUCUUGGCUCUUUUGGGGAGGGGGCAUGGCCCCUGUUGCCUCCCCCAUUCGCCCUGGAAAUUUUAUCUUUUAAAUAAACAAUAACCACGUACCUAGCUUUUAUUUGAAAAAUGCAGUGUCACAUUUUUAUCAGUCUUGUUUACAGUGGAACAAAUAGAAUAUAUUUAUAUAUUGCCACAAAACAUACAAACCAGUGAGUGAAGUGUGCUUCAGAAGACCUUUAGGUUUAAGUUUUUUUAUUACAAAUACAAAGGGGUCCAACAGAUAAGUUUUCGUCAUUUUGACUCAAAAAUGUUUUCCAAAACCAACCCACAUUAAAGGUGACAAUAUGACAUAAUGUAUGUGGUAGUAAUGACAAAGGAAAUUCUGUUUGUUAGAAGUCACGCCUUGACAAUUUGAAACAGAAGAUUUCCUUGCAAUUAGAUUGUGCGAUUCGAAGCUUGCUUUUUCACGCUGGUUAGAUGUCGUGAAGCCAUCACGUUCCCUGUCUUAAUACAUAUUAUAAAAAGAUUAUCACUCUGUAGUCAUAAAUGACGCAAAUUAUAAGGCAGGAAAUCACUGCGGGCUGGCGGCUGGACGUAUUUUGUUACUCUCUGCGGCAUCAGUUUAGCCAGAGCACCGAAAUGUUGCGCGAACAACUCCAAUCCGCCGUGUGGGUUCUUGAGUUUUCAUUGUUUGAGUUUGUACAGUAUUUGGAAAUUGAAAGCGAGGGUGAUACUGGAUGAGUGGAAAAUGUUAAGAUAGUUGUUGUAGGCAGCGUUCUAAUUGGACAUGACAUUACUAUCAGUCCCGGCUCUUGAUCAGUCACCUUAAUUUCUCUGGAAAAAAAUUAAUGUCGCCGGAAUUUUGGUUUAAAUUUCAAUGGUGAAAGUUGGUUCUCCAUUUCUUUGGUUUGUGCGUAAGUGUGUUUACGCUAAACGCUGCAAUGUUGGAUCCAACUCGUAGGCCUACAUAUUAAGUGCGGUCAGUGACCACUUCUUUGAAAAUGUUGAACCCAGAAUUUUACAUGCUUAAUCCUGCAUUUUCAAUUUUAAAUCCAACAUUUAAAAGAGUUAGUUCAACGGGUCAAGUAUAAAUUUAACACUUUUCCUUGAAAAUAGGGAAUCAGCAUUAUUACAUUAGCGGGUUAAAUGCUGGUUUUAUAGUUUAAAAUGGUGGAUUUAAUAUUUAAAAUCUCGGAUUCAACGUUUUAAAGAGUGGUCACUGACCACACUUUCGAAGAGCUGGAUUUCACAGUUUCAGAGAGUGGUCACUGACCGCACUCAUGAAUAAGUGUUUGAUUCAACACUGAGUUUUGAGAAUACGUAGAGCGUGUAUGAAGAUCUUUCGGUGAGUGCUGUUAAUUUGAGGACUAAGAGCGCGCGAAGUUAGUAAGGUCGAGAGCAAUUGAAUUAAGGAACAUUGAUCGUUAAAUUAAAAGGGAAUAAGGAUUGAAAAUUUAGCACAUCGAAAGUAUUUGACUGCUGUAAGCUGUCUGUCUCUUCCUGAAAGUCAGCUUGUUUUGCAGGGACUUUCCAGACCCGUUCUCCCCUCGAGGAUGAAAAUGGUUUAAGGAGACCCCCACCAGCAUAUGGUUUAGAAUAUAAACCACGGUGGUUUUGAGGGUCAGCCACCAUGAGAAAGAUUAGCUUCCUGCUUUUAUUUUUUUGUCAAUUUAGGUAGAUUAAGAGUGUAAAGCAGCUGAACGAGAGAAUAGGGAAAUUUUUCAGUACUGUGUUCAAUGGAUGGUUGGAGUGGCAUUGUAAACCUUUGUUUAUAGGAAUGGUUUUUUAAUGUGUGAAGGAGUUGGCAAAUCAACCAAAGAAACGGAUCAUUUGCUCAAAUAGAGAUGAAAGCGUGGGCAAGUGACCGUAGAACUAGCAAAGUGCCCUCCCCCCAGCAUUUUGGGGGUUUAGAUUUCCCAAUGCCCGACCAAGAAUCUGGAAAGGUUAUCAGAAUUACUUUUUCACCAAGUCUGAUAAUUUUGGAUUAGGAAAUGUCAUGACAGGGAAGACUCUCGAGUUGAGUCUUGGGACUGAACGAGCGGCCGAUAACGGGCUAUUAUAGGAGCGUCGAGUCAGUGCAUGGGGUUUCCACGGGGAGGCUUUGCAAGUCAAGCAGCCUAUAGGCCUAAGCUUGAUGUUCCAAUUUAUUUACAAAACCCUUGGAUCAAGAUACUUGUCUUUUUUCCCUACUUAUACGAUUGUACUUUGUAACCUGCGUUAAGUUCCUCUUUCAAUUAACGAAGUAAUUGCGGAAGCCUUUUUGUGCUUUCCUAAACACGUUCUGAAAUAAAUCAUUCGAUUUGAAGUGUAGCUGUUCAGUUCUGUAAAUCGCGCCCCCCCCAAAAAAAAUCUUAGCUGUCCGCUCACACACGCUCUUAAUUAAUGUUAGCACACAAAUUUUGAAUGCGUGUAUUCAAGGUGGUAGAAUUGUUUUAAACCUGCCCGGCGCACCCGUGCAUGAACGUUUAAGAUUAAAAAUUGCCAAGGCUCCAUUUGAAAUAAAAGAGUUGAUGGCCACCUGUGAUAAAGGUCAGAGACCGACCCGGUGCAAAUUUGUGGGAAAAAAAAUCAGACACAGAGGGUAUGCAGUCGUAAAUGAGAGCUAGACAUGACAGUCUUCUUAGACGCUUUUCACUUAUAAGCAGUAUUUUUGAGGACUUCAAAGUGUGAUUUUUGGUGAACUUGGGGGAUUCGGAGAGGGGUAUUUUAAGUUAUUUGCAGUCAGAGAUGGUUGGAGUUUUGUGUGAGAGGGAUAGUUCAGAACGAGCAUGAGAAAGGUUGCCCAUGGCAGAUGUGUUGGACGAAUCAAGAGUGUGUGAAAAGUGGGAAAUUUCGGGCCACAUGAAGGUAGUUCAUGGGAUCAUUUAUGAAGAAACAACCGACCAACAGCUGUACUUAAUGCAUAAGUCAUUGGAGUAUGUUCUCGCAACAGCUAGUGCUGACGUGUUCAUAAAGGCUGUCUUUAGAGCAUUUUGAUCACGUAUUAAUAAUUCAUUCCUGUUUUCCCUUCGGCCAGCCUAGCGCUUUUUUCGUGCACUGGUAGUUUAGAGAAGUACAUUUAUGUCUUCAUUCUAAAAAAAUAAACUUUUGAUUCUAAUUCAAAUAUUAAUUUCAAAAACUUCACUGUGUAAAAAUAAUUAUUGUGACGAAAAUAAUAAUGUGCACGUUUGCGUUAACUUAAUACCAUUACUUGAUAUCCGAAAACGUGGUGUAGAGAGAAGUGCAGACGUCUGUGUGUAACAAAGGUGUUACGGACGUUACAUUCACGAAGUACACUCGUGUUUCCACUUAUACCAAAUUUUUAGUGUGAAAGUUAUUCGGAAUUUUAGCUUUCAAUUUUCAGUACAGACCGUAAUUCACGUGCGGCCACCUCAAUCAUGCGCAUGUUGUACAUGACUGAGGCGCGCGUGCACUGUGGCAAAUUAUAUUGUUAUAAUUAUGUGGUUGCCAGGUUUUAUUAAAAAGCACUUUUAUUCCGUAGGAUCUCUUGGGGAACCUCAACACUUGUCGGUUUUCACUUCUGCUUUUAAAUUGAUGUGAUAUAUAACAAAAUAAAAAUACUCCGAGUAAAUAGUA